UAAAUCAGAAUGAAUCACUCAAAAUAAGUCUAAUGCUGUUCUAGGUGGAUAAACAUCCACAAACAUCCGUUGAAUAAUUACAGGGUAUGUUACAAGCUGAUUUCGUGAUUGGCUAAAAUCUGGGUGUUUUAGGGUGAGGCAGUAUAAUUGGAACGACACCCAUAACCAGAGACUCAUUCUCCUCAGACACGCUGGGCAACUUCAUUUCUGCAACCUACUCUAGCUUGUGAAAAUGGAGUCUUUGACUGCAGCAAACACACAGUUCUCCCUCAACCUGUUCAAGAAGAUCAGCGGAGGAAACGCAUCAGGAAAUGUGUUUUACUCUCCUUUCAGCAUCUCCUCGGCUCUGGCCAUGGUGUUGCUCGGUGCAAGAGGAAACACAGCGGGUCAGAUGAUUAAGGUCUUGGGCUUUAAAAACCAUCUAAAACCCAACGCCGCGACUCCAGGACAUCAUGAUUCAGUGGACCAAAUUCAUUCCAGCUUCAAAAAGUUUAUGAGCGAUCUGAACAAACCAGGAGUCCCGUAUGCGUUGAGUCUCGCCAACCGCCUCUACGGAGAGCAAUCCUACCAGUUUGUUGAGAAAUUCCUCAAUGACGCAAAAAUCUACUAUGAAGCCGGACUGGAGAAGGUGGACUUCAAGAACAAACCAGAGGCGGCUCGUGUCGACAUCAACAAAUGGGUGGAGAAAAAAACACAAGAGAAGAUCAAGGACUUGGUGCCACAAGGAGCCGUCGAUGAGAUGACGAGACUGGUUUUGGUGAACGCCAUCUACUUCAAGGGAGACUGGGAGAGGAAAUUCAAAAAAGAAGACACCAGUGAUGGACAGUUUAAGCUGAACAAGAAUCAAACUAAACCAGUGGAGAUGAUGUAUCAAAAGAAGAGGUUUCCUCUGGGCUUCAUCCCAGAGAUGGACAGUCUUGUUCUGGAGCUGCCGUAUGAAGGGAAUAAUCUCAGUAUGUUGAUCAUCCUUCCGAAUAAGAUGGAAGACGACACCACUGGCCUUCAGAAGCUUGAAAAGGCACUGACCUACGAGAAGCUCAUGGAGUGGACCAAACCCAGCAAGAUGAUCCAACAGGAAGUUCAAGUGUCUCUGCCCAAAUUCAAGAUGGAGGAAACAUACGACAUGAAGAGUCUUCUGAUCAGCAUGGGAAUGAAGGAUGUGUUUGACGAGAAGAAGGUGAAUCUUUCAGGCAUGUCCUCCAACAACAACCUGGUGGUGACGAAGGUGAUCCAUAAAGCCUUUGUUGAAGUAAAUGAGAAAGGAACUGAAGCGGCUGCAGCCACCGCCUUCGUCGUGUCUUUUGGAUGUGCAAUGUCCUCCACUCCCCCAAAAACCUUCAUUGCAGACCACCCUUUCCUUUUCUUCAUCCGACAUAAUCCCUCCAAUGCCAUUCUCUUCUAUGGACGCCUCUGUUCUCUUGUGAAAAUGGAGUCUUUGUCUGCUGCAAACACACAGUUCUCCCUCAACCUGUUCAAGAAGAUCAGCGGAGGAAACGCAUCAGGAAAUGUGUUCUUCUCUCCUUUCAGCAUCUCCUCGGCUCUAGCUAUGGUGUUGCUCGGUGCAAGAGGAAACACAGCGGGUCAGAUGAUUAAGGUCUUGGGCUUUAAAAACCAUCUAAAACCCAACGCCGCGACUCCAGGACAUCAUGAUUCAGUGGACCAAAUUCAUUCCAGCUUCAAAAAGUUCAUGAGUGAGCUGAACAAACCAGGAGUCCCGUAUGCGUUGAGUCUCGCCAACCGCCUCUACGGAGAGCAAUCCUACCAGUUUGUUGAGGAAUUCCUCAAUGACGCAAAAAGCUACUAUGAAGCCGGACUGGAGAAGGUGGACUUCAAGAACAAACCAGAGGCGGCUCGCGUCAACAUCAACAAAUGGGUGGAGAAAAAAACACAAGACAAAAUCAAGGACUUGGUGCCACAGGGAGCCAUUAAUGCGAGCACGAAACUGGUUUUGGUGAAUGCCAUCUACUUCAAGGGAGACUGGGAGAAGAAAUUCAAAAAAGAAGACACCAGUGAUGGACAGUUUAAGCUGAACAAGACUCAAACUAAACCAGUGAAGAUGAUGUAUCAAAAGGCGAAGUUUCCUCUGGCCUCCAUCCCAGAGAUCAACAGUCAGGUUCUGGAGCUGCCGUAUGUCGGGAAGAAUCUCAGUAUGUUGAUCAUCCUUCCUAAUAAGAUAGAAGAUGACACCACUGGCCUUCAGAAGCUUGAAAAGGCACUGACCUAUGAGAAGCUCAUGGAGUGGACCAAACCCAGCAAGAUGAUCCAACAGGAAGUUGAAGUGUCUCUGCCCAAAUUUAAGGUCCUGGAAACCUACAAGAUGAGGAGUCUUCUGAUCAGCAUGGGAAUGGAGGAUGUGUUUGACGGGCAGAAGGUGAACCUUUCAGGCAUGUCCUCCAACAAGGACCUAGUGGUGUCGGAGGUGAUCCAUAAAGCCUUUGUUGAAGUAAAUGAGAAAGGAACCGAAGCGGCUGCAGCCACCGUCACCGUCGAUUAUACAUCCCCAAUGCCCUCAUCCACUCCCCCAAAAAUCUUCACUGCAGACCACCCUUUCCAUUUCUUCAUCCGACAUAAUCCCUCCAAUGCCAUUCUGUUCUAUGGACGCCUCUGUUCUCCUUGA